AUGAUUCAAUUCUCCAUCUCGUGGAACUCAAUCCAGUGCGCCGCCUCGGCGCCGAGCGCCGGCAGGCUCAUCUCGGCAAAGGCGAGCCAUAUGGAGGGAUCCUCGGAGCCGACUAUGAAGGACGGCGACAUUGGUGCCCCGGCGCUCCCGACGGAGGUCCUCACGGAGAUCUUCGCGAGGCUGCCGUCGAAGUCGGUGGGAAGAUUCCGAUGCGUCUCCCACGCGUGGUGCGACACGCUCACGUCUCCCUACUUCGUCGAACUCCACUACCGGCGAGCCAACCAGCUGGUCCACCCUAGGCUGCUGCUCACACCAGUGGGGGCCUCCUACGACAGCCACCUCUACUCCUGGCGGCUCGGCGGCUACUUCGUCUUCAACCCUUCUACGGGAGCGGUGUUGCCUAUCCCGGACAUCAGGGCGCCAUUGAAGAGGAUCUUCCAGAUGAGGAAGGAGCAUAAAGUAGUGCGCUUGUUCUCCAACGCUGAAGGUGGAAAUGGCAUGACGCCCACAAGCUGCAACUGCGAGGUGUUCGUCCUUGACAAACCUGCGUACUGGAGGCCUAGUGCUGCACAGCCUCCCUUGUGCUCCGCGAUGGAGAAGGACCCGGCUGUUUUCAUACAUGGGCAUCUGCACUUUAUCUGCAGUGAUGGCGGCGGCAUGACCACCUUUAACAUCAGCGAUGAGACCUUUGGCUCGCUGUCGCCACCGUCAGGUGCUUGUAAGGUGUUUUCAUUAGACCCAGAUGGGAGUGCCCCUCGGAUUUUACUGAACCCAGAUGAGACCAUCAUUGGCAGUUGA